AAUAUCUUAGGUUACCCUGGCGCGUUUUGUCAAAGAGGCUUGGGGUAACCCGGCACUGCUUCAAAAUUGACAUCAUAGCAUCAACAUUUUAGACUAAAUGGGAAAAUCGGUGGAUGUGGUGGUCAUGGGGUCGGCGGCCAUCGAGUACAUAACCCAUGUAGCCGAACUCCCCAAGCCCGGAGAGAUGGUCCCUGGAAUCCACAUGGAGACUGCUUUUGGCGGGAAGGGCGCCAAUCAGAGCAUAGCAGCGGCCAGGUUGGGAGCCGUCACCACAUUCCUGGGCAAGAUGGGGGCGGAUGAGUCCGGCGAGCAGUACAAGAGCUACCUGACCGAUCAGAAUAUCGACACUAAGCAAGUGGAACUGGUGAAGAACACGGCCACUGGCAUGACCGAGGUGGCCCUGACCGAGGAGGGCGAGUUCUACAGGAUCAACGUGGCGGGGGCCAACAAAUCCAUGACCAGCAAGGACAUUUCUCGGCACAAGAAAAUAAUGAACAAGUCUCGCGUUCUGCUCUGCCAGCUGGAAUUGGACAUGAAUACCACCGCCUGUGCCCUGCGCCAGUUCAAAGGUGGUGUUUCCAUUCUCCACCUCUCUCCCAUGCGGAGCGACAUACCCAACGAGCUGAUCACCUUGCCCACCAUUUUGGUAAUGAACCAGGACGCGGCCGCUACUCUGGCCAACAUGGACGAGGUUCGGACUCUGCUCCAGGCCAGGAAAGCUUGCGAAGCCCUGGUUGAUGGCGGGGCAAAUAGUGUGAUCAUCCUAAUGGAGGACAAUAGUGCCGUUCACAUGUCCAAAAACAACAAGGAGAUGUGCACCCAUAUUCCCGCCGGCGAUGUACGAUACGUGGCCGACUCCUCCGGGUCGGACGAUGCCUUCAUGGGAGGCCUGGCGUACCACAUUGCCAGGUUCCCGAAGCUGCCCCGCGAGCACCACAUCAGUGCCGCCAACGCCUGCGCCGCCUACUCCAUGGGCAUCCGGGGUACCCAGCCCAGUUUUCCGGGCCCAUACCUGGCGCAGGACAACCUGUGCUACAUCACGCCCACCUUCACUGUAAUCGACGAAAAUUCCGAGGAGGCGCCGGAGGAGCAGAGAAAGGAAACAAUUCAAGCACCAGCGCCAGAACCGACUCCGGAGCCAGCGGCAGAACCCUCACCUCCCCCAGAGGAGCCAGCACCCCCACCACCAGCAGAGGACCCAGCCCCAGAAGAAGCUCCAAAAGCCAAGACGAAGGAGGAGGAACGCAACACAGUCGCUGAGGCCAAUAAAGCUUAGUCUAAAAUACAAACAAUUCAUGUAAUCAUUAACAUUUUACAAAAAACAAGAAAAAAUGCUUACUUCAUGUGUCAUGUAACCUCAUAUGGCAGUUCAGUUCCAAUACACAAAAAUUACCAUCGCCCAAGGGCAUCGA